UCUGCCGACCAUGCGUCACUGUGGGCCGUGGUGCUGCGCGGUUUGAGGCCGAGCUGGCGGGACGUUGGUCGGAAGUUUGUGUUUGUCUCGUCGGGGGAACCGAGAGUCCGUGUCCUUCUUUGCACCCAAGAAUACCAGGUUAUCCGCUUCCGGGUCCGCCUUUAACAUUAUGGCUGGCAGAAGGGAACGGGAACGGGAACGGGAGCGGGAGCAGGAGAUGCUCCAGGACGACCGCAGCGAAGCGCCCAGCUUGGUACAGAUGAUGAAGUCGCUCAUACCUGUCCUUCCCUGUGCCACCGUGUCCACAGCCUUGCUCGGAUGGAUUUUAUUCUAUCUCACAUGCAGGUACAAGGUCCUGGACGAACAGACCUUUAUUCUUGGCAGUUUCCAUAGCCGCUUGCAAGUGUACAAAGUGCUGAGUUACAUGUUCAUCCAUAAAAGUAUGAGUGCACUCGUAUGUAACGUUGCCAUGCUGUGGUAUUUUGGCGGUGCCAUGGAGAGGGACAUUGGAACUGUAAAAUUUGCAUACCUCACACUCUUACUUGCAAUUCUUGCUGGAAUCAUCUAUCUUAUGAUUGGUUCAAUAAUUUUUGGACUGGACAACCUAAAAGGAAUUCAGGGAUUCACUGUGGUUGUUUUCUCCUUUGUGGGGUUGUCUGUAUCUCUGUCCCCUAUGAAAUCUGUGGUAUUUAUAACAACCAUCAAGGUGAUUUAUCUCCCAUUCAUUUUACUGGCCCUUUCACUUUUUAUACCGGAGUCAUCGAUCUUGGGUAACAUUUGUGGAAUCGGAGCAGGAGUUCUUUAUGCUUAUGGCCGGCCAUUUGUUCCAUAUCUGGACAUGACCGAGACAACUGCUGUUUCUAUGGAGAGAUAUUUUCCUUUCAAUAAUCUGAAGAAUUUACCAGGAAUCACAUUUUAUUCAGCCUUGUGGGAGGUGAGAAAUGUCGAAGUGACUGACAGGUGUAAACCUAAACCAGGGUCCUACCCCACUCAAACCUAUUACUUUCCUCCAUCCACUGGCCCUCAGUCCUGCCAUUAUUCAGGGAAUUUAAAUGACCCGAUUCAUUUGUAUGGAUAUGAGCGGCAACAGCGUCUUGGUUAUAAUCUCGAACAUAUUCCUGGAUUUGAAACUGAUGCUGGGCGUGCAUCUGGACAUGGACACAGUCAUGAUAUUACGCAUCCGUCUGGACAUGUAUUCAACCAUGAUCUCAGGCAGACAUUUGGACAUGGGAACAGCCAUAAUGUUGGACACUUAUCUGCACAGGGACUUGGCCAUGAACACGGGUUGGCGUCGGGACAUGGGCACUACCAUGAUGCAUCUGGUCAUGGACACAGUCAUGGUGUUGGUAUUUAUGGACAUGCCCGUGACCUUGGGUGUGGUCAUGAUCUUGGGCACAUAUCUGGACAAGGGUACAGCCACAAACUUGAACAUAAUCCUGAGCAGGGACAUACUUGUGACCGUAAACUUGAUUAUCAAUAUCCUGGAGAGGGGCAUUAUAAUUCCCCUGGGAUUGAUCAAGGUUUUAAGAGUCCUGCUCCAAAACAGUUUGAGGAUUCCUGUUCAGUGGUAAUGAACUAACUUUUGCCAAAGGAUUCUUUUUAAGAGGAUGCUGCGCACUCGAGUGGUGCUGGCCUAUUAUCAAAGGGAACGCCAUUCCUUGCCAAAUAUGCCAUUCUUUAAAGUUAAGAAUUGUAAGUUAUGAUGUCUUUUCAAUCUACUAAAGCAGCAUAAAAGUGGAUGUUCAUGGAAUAUGAAUCUAGUUGUGAGAGAUUUAAAUAUCAGCAACUAUACUAUAAAUUUGAAUAUAUUAGAAAUAAAAACGUUUUUUUGUGUAUUUUUGAUUUCCUGUUCAUUUGAAUAUUGUGCUACACUUUUAGAUUGGGGAAUUAUUUUCUGCUGGCAAAGUAUAAUCCAUUUUAGAUUUUUGCCUUAAAGCUGGCAACCUAUUCCUUUUACAAAUGCAACUGUGAUUACCAAGCUCUUUUUUCAUUCAAUGAAUGUGCCUUUUCAACAUUAGUGAUAACUAAGUUUUGUAAACGCAAAAUAUUGAAAAAUGCUGGCCAUUAGUCAGUCAUAAAGCAACACCAUACUCAAACUGGCCCUUUGACCCACCAAGUUGCCUAACUGAGCUAGUCCCACUUGUGCCUAGACCAUAUCUUUCCAAACCUUUCCUAUCUGUGUAUCUGUCUAAGUGCCUUUUAAAUGUUAUAGUUGUACCCACCUCUACCACUUCUUCUGGCAGCUCAUUCCAUAUAUGCAUCGCCCUCCUGUGUGGGAAACGAUUGCCUCUCUGGUCACUUUUAAAACUUUCCUUUAUCAUCUUAAAGCUAUGCUCUCUCUUUUUAAACUCCUCUACCCAGGUUAUUCGUCAGCAUAUGUUGAGAUUUUGGGAUUGCAAUGAUGGCAAAACUAUUUGCUGGUAUUCGUUUCUAUUUCACUACCACCAUUUCUCCACCGCCUAUUGUUUAACAAUUUUUUUGUCUGGAAUUCAAAACUGGAUAGUGAAUUACCACCACUAAAAGUUGAGAAUCCUGCCACAACAUCCAUCCUUCUCUCAGGUCAUUGAGACUAAACCAGACCUUGUGCCUUUUGGUGUGAUUUUUGGUUCAGAGAUACACUGUGAUGAUCUGUUUACUCAUAUACAAAGACUGCCCACUUCUGAAUCCAUGACCAUGUUCAAUUCACCCCCUGCCUCGGCUCUUCUGCUGUGGAAUCCUUCAAUGUAGACUUGUCUCUACCAAUGCUCUCCUGACCAGCGUUCUAUCUUAAACCAUACACUGGCUCAAAAAUUCCAAAGUCCCCCUUUCUACCUGCCACUAGGUCAUACUUUCCCAUCAGUCCUGUACAUCCUUACAUCUCUAUGGUCUCUUGGUCUGAUUAUGCUUCGCUUUUUAAAUUAAAAAAAACAAUGUUUUACCCCUUUCUCUUUUUGUGUGACAUUCAGUCCUUCAACUCUUGAGUUGACUCAAUGAAGCUUGAAAUUUUGGCCCUCAUCAUAUGCAGUUUUAUUCACAUCGUCAUUGGCUUUACAUGCUGAGGUGCUAAACGUUCUGCCUCCCUACCUCUCCUACUUUAAGACCAUUCUGAAAACCCACCUCUUCAUUUGAAUUUUUGAUGUGAUUUUGGGCUUGUAACAAUGACAAAUCCACAGCAUUACAUUGGGAAGUUGGUGGAACCUUUGGGUUUUCACCACAUGCGUAGUUUAAUGGUCUUUUUGUCAAUGAUGCAGCACAGUUGUGUAGCUUCCUAAUGAAGUCACUUGAAAUAAUGGGAACCUGUUACCUCUGCUGUAAAAUUAAACCUUUGACUUGAGGGGUAGUAAUUAAUAAGUCAUCUGGCCCCAGAAACAUCUUGUGCUGCUGUUUUGUCAUUUUCUUCACAUAACAA